AUGGUGGCUACUAUUGUUAUAGUCAUGAGCUUCGCCAUCUUCCUAAGCAUCGUUUAUGCUGAUCUCGACAUGCUCCAAGAUGUCUGUGUCGCUGAUCUCGCUUCCAUGAAAGUCAAUGGAUUCCCUUACAAAGUGGCUUUCAACGAAAUGGACUUCUUCUACAAUGGGCUGGCCAAACCCGGACUCCCCAACAACACCUUAGGCUCUUUGGUGACAAGGACCAAUGUAAAAAAGAUCCCAGGCCUCAACACCCUCGACCUGUCCUUGGCUCAUGGCGACUUUGCUCCUUUCGGCCUCAUCGCACCCCACACCCACCCACGAGCCACCGAGAUAGUGUUCGUGCUCUAUGGGGAGCUAUAUGCCAGAUUCAUAACCACUACUAACGUCCUCGUUGCUAAGACCAUCAAGGCGGGCAAGAUCUUUGUGUUCUUUAGAGUGUUUGGUCCACUUCCAAAUGAACGUCCAAAACACAGCCAAUUGCCAGGGGCCCCAGUCAUCGUGAUUACACUGUUCGCGGUUGAGCCCACGAUGCCGAAUGAUGUGUUGGCCAAGGCGUUACAAAUUGAUGCUAAGGAGGUCGAGAUGAUCAAGGCUAAGCUUGUCCCCAAGAGCUAG